GAAGAGGUGGAGAGUUUGGGCUGAGAGAGAGGGAAGAAGAGGGGUGAGCUGAGGAGGGCGAAGGAAGGAGAGUGGCCGAGUGUGGGUGAACGUGAGGAGUGGGUGAGGGCACGAACUGGAGAAAGAAGGGUGCCCCGGGGCAAGAGACGGACGGAAGCCGGCAGGCUAAGAAGCUGAGUGCUGCAGCGGUUGUGUGAGGAGAAGAAGAUGGCGGACGGGGAUAGCGGGAGUGAGAGAGGGGGCAGCAGCGGAGGCCCCGGCGGGUUUUCCCAGCACAUGUCCCGAGAGCAGGAGACCCAAGAACUGGCCACCAAGCGGCUGGACAUCCAGAACAAGCGCUUCUACCUGGAUGUAAAGCAAAACGCAAAGGGCCGCUUCAUCAAGAUCGCAGAGGUCGGAGCCGGGGGCUCGAAAAGCCGCCUGACCCUGUCUAUGGGGGUGGCUGCGGAGUUCCGCGACUACCUCGGGGACUUUAUCGAACACUACGCCCAGCUGGGGCCCAGCAGCCCGGAGCAGAUCGCACAAGCCUCUGGGGAGGACGGGGCUGGAGGGCCGGGCGGUCCCCGUCGAGCUCUGAAAAGCGAAUUCCUGGUGCGGGAGAACCGCAAGUAUUACCUGGACCUGAAGGAGAACCAGAGGGGCCGCUUCCUGCGCAUCCGCCAGACCAUCAACCGGGGCCCCGGAUUCAGCGGAGGUGCGGGAGGCGGCGCCGGCCUACAAAGCGGACAAACCAUCGCUCUGCCCGCGCAAGGCCUCAUCGAGUUCCGCGACGCCCUGGCUAAACUCAUCGACGAUUAUGGCGGAGAGGACGACGAGGGCGUGGGGCUCGGCGGAGCGGGAGGAGGAGGCGGCGGCGGAAUGUACGGAGAGCUGCCCGAGGGCACGUCCAUCACUGUGGACUCCAAACGCUUCUUCUUCGAUGUGGGAAGCAACAAGUACGGGGUGUUCCUGCGGGUGAGCGAGGUGAAGCCCAGUUACCGCAACUCCAUCACUGUCCCCCUCAAAGCCUGGGGCAAGUUCGGCGGAGCCUUCUGCAGAUACUCCGAGGAGAUGAAGGAGAUCCAGGAGCGGCAGCGGGACAAGAUGUACGAGCGGAGGGGCCCCGGGGACAGAGAGAGAAGCCUGGGCCCCGGGGGAGGAGGAGAUGACUCCGAGACUGAGGAUGUGGACGACGAUUAAAGAAGAAACAACAGGAGGCAGUGGAGAAAGGGGGAGAGAAAGUUGGGGUGAGGGGAGCUCAGUAACACACACAUAAUCAUAGGAAACAGUAGCAAACAAACGGGGUGAGGGACAUGUUGGGGCUGUUAAACACCAUCAUGCAGGGAGUUGUUAUUAAUGGUGCCCUGAAAUGCCCAGUAUCCUCCAACUCAUUGCAACACACCCCAGGGCUCACCAUUCACUAACACUCCUGUGCUGCUGGCUCUUUAAACAGCCCCUGCAGGUGUUAACCUGCAUUGGGGGGAUUCCAGCUUUCUUACAUGCAGGUUGGGCAUCCCUUUAGGGUCCCUUUAUUUCACCACUUCCACAAUAGACCACGAAAGAUCAACUUUUUUUUUUCAUUUCUAGCUGAGGGCUUGGCCCAGAGCCCCAUAUAAUUGAUGCAAACACGUUAGCGAUAGAAUGAGCCCAAAUGUUCUGUUUAUUUACUUGUGCAUUGGAAAAGAAAUCUCCCUAUUUAAGGAAAAAAAAACUGGAUCCCAAAGCAGUAAACUGCUCGCGUUGCUGACCUUGUUUCACAACCUUUGAACAUCUGCAAUUUAUUUUCUUUUAAAUAUUGAUGGGCAGUUUUUCCCUUGAAUUAGCUUUGCGCAUCAUUCAGAGAAAUAAGAGACCGGUUAUGCUACAAAACACCAAAGUCAUGUCUUAACAUCUGCAAUGUGAAUGAUGCACAAAGUUACUACUUAUAAUGGGGCCAACACUAGCCACUGAGUGGGCUGCCAGGGAACUGAUUGGCAGCUAUGCCAAGGAUUAAUCCAAACCUGAUAGUGAUCGACUUUGUAAUUUCUUUUAAAAAAGGUAAUCUACCAAAGUGGCUUUGCCAUCUGUAUCCUCUGACCUUCCCAUCAUUUUUACAGUGAUAUAUUUAUCAGCACACGAGUUGCCGGCGUUUUAUUGGUAAGCACAGAGCCGAGUGCUUAAAUAAUAUGACUCUGGCUUCUCCUGUACUGAUGUCACACCGCAGCUUAAUCCCCUACAUUGAGAUAUGCAAGAUAAACUUGAUAUUUCUCUUCUGCUCUCCUCUGCAGAGGCCACGGGAGGGAGGAGGCAGUUCUGAAAGCUAUCACGGCUAUGUUUAGAGACGACACACAUCUUGAGUUGGUGUUACUGUAAGCACAUGCGGCUUUUAGUUAACAACCAAAAUAUCCAUGUAACACAAGCAGGGAGCAAUUUAGUGCACACACCAGAGGAGAUCAUAGAUCUAUAGGAUAGAGUUUUACUAAACAAAAAAUGAGGGGGAACAGGUAGGCGUCUCACUCCUUUCUCCCCUGUCUCCCUUAACCACCACCACCUUCAGUUUAAUUCAGUUUUCGGGGGGCUUGCAGUGAUGCCCCUCGGAAAAGACAGCCUUCCUGUUCAUCUGGCUCUGCAGAAGCAUAAAAAGACCACCAUUCCUAAAGCACAAGGGAGCCAUUUGGAUUGCUAAUUGCUUUACCAACAGCAGAGCAUCUCGUAACAGAACCAGCCACCAUUCCUACAGGACAGAACUGUGUUCCAGCCAAUAAUGGAUUAUUUGACUGCCGUAAGUUUCUUUUAAUACCAGCACUGACACAAGUCAAAAGAAAUGAUCUUCAGUACAAGAGGAAUAUCGUGAAACAAAACUGAAAUUGUUCAUCCUGAAUCUGUGAAAGAACAUCUCCAGUAAAGCUUUCUACUAAAUAAGAGUGGAAUGAAACAAGUUCAGGCUCAUGCUAACAGACACAUUAAAGAAACAAAAAAAAAGUAUAAGCUCAGGUCCAUAAUUAUUCUCUUAACCAGACUUUUUAUUAAACAAAAAAAAAAAGACCUCCAUGAAAUUCAGUACCUCAGAGGAUGAAGGUGCCUCUAAACUGCCCCCGGCAAAUGCCUGGAAAAAACUUGGUUGUGUUGGUUAAAAACCCAAAGCAGUACUACUAUAUAAGAACACUGGGGGGAUGGAGAGAGUCAUGUGCUCCACCUGGGCACUCGGUUAAGAAAAUACAAAUUAAUGGAUGGACUGACUGGCCUCCUUCACAACAAAGAUAAGGGGGGCUCCUGUAAGCCACUGUCCACCUGUAAUUUUAUCAUGAAUUGUCUACAGAUGGUUUUAACUAUAACUGAAUCGCUCCCUAGCUUAUACAUUUAAAAAAGAAAGUCUUUUGGGAAUAGAGGUGCAGGACUCUUAAGGAGCCUCCUCUUGUCUCAAAAGGGUUUAAAUGAAAUGAUAGUAUUUUUUUCCUUUAUGCCUAUAUUUAUAUGUAUUUUUGUUUUAAACCAGAUUAUCCUAAAAUCCAUACUAGAUUUUAAUAAAGGUAUGCAACUGUUGCAACAUGCAUUAACGAUGUCCUUGCAGAAAGGGCAUGCCACGGAACGCCCAACCUUCUUUACAAAGAAGCGUUGAGUUUCUGAAACACGGAGCCAGUCAACGAGCUGGUUUCACGACUUCAUUUUUAAUACCCAGAAGGUUUCUUCACAUGAGCUGCCUUUAUAUAGUGUCGCACCACUUUGUCCCAGUUCGGUAGGCCUUUUAAUUUAUUAUCUGACAUACGUAAUCCUUUGAUUGAAAGAUGGGCCUGCAAUGCAUGGUUUGCAGUAUAUUUUGAGCCCCUCCGGUUGAAAAAAAAAAAAAUAGAAAAGUGGGGGUGGUUAUUAAUUUGGGGGUUGGGAUCUUUUAGUUUUGAAAAGCAUGUCACAAAUUGUGUGGUUCUGUGCAGGGCAAUGUGUUGCAGGCUGCUGUGGAAAUAGAUGAUUUAAGGGCAAGUAUAUUUGCUGCUGUUUUCAAUUCCAUCAACGUCCGAGUUAAUCCCCAAUUUAUUAUUUUAGUUAUCUAGAUGUUGUUUUUUUUUUUUUAAUUGUAUGGGAGCAAUAGUAUUUCUUGAUGUUUUAAUCACAUCAGUAUAUUGUACUGUAUUUUUGUACCUGCAAGGCAGCUGUUUAAGUGUCCUGCUGUAUCAACUUUGUGUCUCCCUCUGCUUUUAUUUGUGGCAGCUGUUAAAAUGCCUGCGUUAGCCAUCAGCUCAUUCAUCCGUCUACUUCUCAGAAAAUCAAGCCCCACCCAUGCCCUGCUCUCUUCACUUAUACACAUGGACAUAGGUUUCCUUUAUCUUGUGUAAUGUUCUGCAAGGAGAUCCGUGCUUUCUCCUGACCUUUGCUGUGGAGGUUGUACAUUUCUAUCCAGAUCUGCCGCAGUUUGCUGUGGCACAUGCUCUUUAGUAACAUGGCUUUGCCAUCAGAUAUAUAAGCUAAAAUGAGAUUCCUGACAAGUAUUGAAAAGUGGGAGAGGAACAUGUGUCCUGCUACCACUUGACCUUUCAGGUCAUUUUACUAAGCAAACUUCAAUUUUAGUUUUUUUUUUCUACAUAGGAAUUCGCGUAACUUAGUACGGCUGACAGACUGUCACCUACAGCAGAUACCUGAAAUAUAAACCAGGCAAUUUCAACCAAAUCCCUCUGUGACGUGUCCUAGUCUCCAAUUUUAAACUCUUCUCAGAUUACCUAAUAGUCUAAGUGCAAGCUAAAUUAGCACUAAUGGAAAGCAAAAGCGGGGAAGAGUUGUAGAAAGUUCAAGCCACCACUUGAAGGAAAGGCAUACAUACAUAUAUAUAUAAUGCAGCAGAGCUCUUUAAAAUUAGAGGUGAGUUUCUGGUAAAUUAUUCCAUCGGGGGAUAGACUGGAAAUAUGAUCAAAGGGCAAAUAAUACUCUAUUCUUAAAUAUCUUAUACUGUAGUAGAACGAAACGGUUACCCAGACAUUUCAACUGAUUCUGCACUUGGACGCCUACUGGUAAUAGUAUCAGUUGCACAGAAAUGACACGCAACUUUUUAACUAUAAAAAAUUUUUUUUUCUAGAUUCUAUCUAGAUACAUAACUAUAGACAGAUGAUCUAUGUGUCUUAUAGAUAUUUUAUCCUUUAUUUUGCAACCAGCUUGUGUGGGUUAUGUCUGAUCUGAUCCUUUACAGGUUACAUUAACUUCCACUGUAUAAGGAUAUCCGCUGCAUUUAGGGCCUUGCUUAUUGUGAUAAUAUAUUGCAUCCUCCUUUGUUAAAAGAGUACAGUUUCAGCCAAAGUGCUUAGUUUUAUUCCAAAUUGCUUCUUUUAUACAUUUUCCUGCAGUUAACAAAUACUCUAUUAUUAUUUUAGUGUUAAAUUGGCAGACCUAAACCACACACACGCUGAUGAAUGAGGUCUUGAGAUAAAAAUCUAGGUAUUGCUUCUCUCUAACCUGUCAUUGGAGAACGUUUUUAUUUUUCUACCCUUUGGUACCAGAGAGCUGUCCAAAUAAAUCAGAUGGUAAUCUUAUCUGGCAUCCAGUGGUGAGGAUGUAUAGGACGUUCAUUUUUAUAGGAUAUUUUUUUUCCUUCCUCCUUUUAAUAUGGUCACCUAACUUCCGGGUUGCCCUGUAGAAAAGGUGUAGAAAAGGUGUAGAGCAAGUGGUGACUUGAAGAAUAAUGCUAAGACAUUGGAAAGCAUUAUCGGUUAAACUCUUACUUGCUCCUUAAGGUUGAAAGAGUAUCCUUUAGCUUACAUUGGUAUGUCUGCUACACAUUAUGUAGUAUUGCGAACGGCAGAGUUCUACAGAGCCGGCCCUUGGAACCUCCUUGUAGAUGUGUAUAAUUUAGAGCGCACAAGUGGAUAUAUCAGUUGGCCAGGUUGCAUUUUCUAAUGAUACCUCUAUCUGUGUUCAGCAUCAAACAUAGACUCUCAGUCGGCCCGAGGCUGGCAUUGCAUCUCUCUUGACGAAUGAGAUAUUAAGAGGUGAGGGCCUUACGUUUAGGGGCAGAUUUAUCAAGGGUCGAAUAGUUAAAUCAAAUUAGAAUUUGAGUUUAAAAAUGAAAACAUUUACAUUUUAAUCCCCUUAUUCGAAUGCAAAUUUGAAUGUGAGAUUUAUCACAACUCGCCCAUGGAAACGGUCCUAAUUGGAAAAUAUUCGCCACCUAAAACCUGCCGAGUUCAUCUACAAGUCCAUGGGAGAGGUCAGUUGAGCCAUUUAGAGAUGGGUUGGUUUUUUUUCGAGAGAAAAUCUCUUUACACAAAUUGAAUACAAUUCAAAUUUUCUGGUCGGACCAUUCGAUCGAAUAUUAGACAUUUGAUUUUUUUCAUAAAUAACCUCCCAGUCGAAAUGUGAGUAUAUUCGAAUGAAAAAAAAAAUUCACAUGAAUUCGAAAUCGACCUUUGAUAAACGGGCCUCUUAAUGUUGAUACAGGGUAUCAUUCCCUCACCACUUCCCAAUAAUCCGAUAAUUCCCAGAGAGGACUUGCUCUAGAAUACUCUGUUCCCAUGUUGGAGUUGUGGUUUAAAUGCCUUGGCAGAAAUGAUUCUGGCUUCCAACUUAGCUUUUGUAUAUGAUUCCGAAGGUCAACAUCUUAUCCCUUAUCUGCUCAUUCAUAUAUUUGUUGUUUUUUUUUGUAGACUCCGCUUUGACAUUUAAAAAUAUAUAAAUAUAUAUAUUCUUGAUGUCUGAAGAAGUGUUGUUUGGUUGAAAACAAUCCUUGUAAAUCUAAUGGCCUUAAUAAAUGCAGAGUCAGAUGUCUCCCAUGCAUUUGCACCGCGGAGCUAUAAUGGGUGCGCUGAGGUCAGACUUCUGGUUGGAAGCACUACAGUAUAACCUGCACUUCUUACCUUUCUUCAGACUUGAAUUUCAGUCUAGAACAGGUAUCAGGCAAACCGGGUAGUUCAUAGGAACGCACAGUUCAGCGACAAACCCCAUUGCACUACCAAGCUUUGGCUAGUAGGAAGACACUAUAUCUGCUCAGAAAUCAAGAUCACGUGUGGCUCGGGAUGGCAGUUUGCGCUCAUUGUGCUUGGUUCUGUUUAAAAAAAAUAUAUAUAUAUAUACAUAUAACAUUUCUGCUGUAGGCAUUAAACAAAUCAACAUAGCCUUCAAUGUCAUUUAGCUGACAGAGAAUUAUAUCAAAAAAUAUAUAUAUUUGUUUCUGUUAAAAGCACUUUAAAUGGUAAAAUGCCAGCUUAACCAGCUGCUCCCUAGACAUCUACCAGACGAAUAUAUCCUUCAAUUUAUCCCUUGAGAAGAUAUGGUUAUUAGUCGUUCCCUGCUCCCUCCAUUUCUUGACUGCUGACGCUAGAUCCAAGUUCAGUAUUUAUGUUCCCAUCGCUGGGUAGCCAAGACCAUGUUUUCAGAAUAACCAAAACGGUAUAAAUCCGGGGUCGGCGACCUGCAGAGUUUCACUUCUAACAGAGGGAUAGUUGUUGACCCCUGGUAUGAAAAAUUGCAUUUCUAAGAAUUCGUUGGUUAUUUGUAGACAUUCUCUGGCUAAAAAAAAUCUCCUUCCAAAAGAGGAGAACUUUGUUCUGUUCCCUGCUGAGUCUCGUCAACAAAGAUUUUCAGAAGCCAAACAAGGUUUUGCUGGUUUUUCAUAACAGCAGGUCUUGGAAUGACCACUAGCUUCCCAGCAGGGGGGAUAAAUAAAAAAAGAACUAAUAACACAGUGAAACUGUUCCAGCUCAUGCGAGUCAGCACUCCUUACAAUAACAGAUUUUUGCAAAUUGAGUUUUACAAUCUAUAUAUUUAAAAGAAUUGUAUGUUUGUAACAAAUAAAGUAUGCGGAAAAGUGAAUGAAACAA